UCUGAAUGCUCUGGUCCAGUUCCCCACGUGGCACGCUGAGGAAAUAAGAUUAAAUAAUAAGAUGUGAGUGAAGGCACCCUAGUAGGCACUCUGCUUCUGUCUCUACCACCACCGCAGUAAAGAAACAUGGAAUCUGCUUUCACGCAGUGUUUCCCCAGUGAGUUCAUCUGCUCCAUCUGCAAGGACAAUUUCACAGACCCUGUCACCAUUAGCUGUGGGCACAGAUUUUGUACUCCUUGCCUCUGUCUCUUGUGGGAAGAUGUCCAAACAGCUCCUUGCUGUCCUGUGUGCAAGGCAGUAUCUCCGAAAAUGGACUUCAAAAGCACUAUUUUUGCUAAGGAACGUGUUCUUCCUACCAGAGGAUCAGUUGUCUGCCAGUUACCUAGCUCGGCCAAGCAGAUGUGUAGGAUACACCAAGUGAUAAAGCUCUACUUCUGUCAAACUGACAAGAGCCUGCUGUGUUUGUUCUGCUCUCAUUCCCCAGAGCAUGCCACGCAUGAACACUAUCCAGUAAAGCAGGUUGCAGAGCACUACAGGGAGAACCUUCUGAUGCAAAUGAAAUCUAUUUGGAAAAAGAAAAAAGAAAAUCAGAGAAAUAUAAAAAAAGUGACCAACAUAUUCAGAGUAUGGGAGGGUUUUGUGAAUCUACGGAUGGUGAUGAUAGGAGCUGAAUACCCUAAGGUAUAUCAAUAUCUCCAGGAAGAAAAGCAAAAACAUUUAGAGAUGUUGGCAAUUGAAGGCAAGAUUGUUUUUCAGCGACUCAGGAGAAAUGUAGCCAGAAUGGUUCAUAUGGGGAAACUCCUGAGAAGAAUAUAUGAGGAGCUGAAGGAACUGUGCCUUAAAGCAGACGUGGACAUGCUCCAGGGUGUGGGAGACACAAUGAAAAGGAGUCAGUUAAUGCAGCUGUACAUUCCUCAGCCUAUGGACCCACAGCUCAGUACAUGGACCAUCACUGGGAUGUUGGAAAGGCUUAACAGCUUCCGAGUGUAUGUUACGUUGGAUCAUAAAAUAAGAAAUUGUCAUGUGGCUCUGACUGAAGACCUGAGACGUUUGCAGUGCAGUCCUGACCAUCAAGAUGUGCCCCGUAAUCCAGCAAGUUCAGAGAAUACUCCUUCAUGGGGUGCUCAGACCUUCACCACUGGCAAACAUUACUGGGAGGUGAAUGUGGGAAACUCUCGUAACUGGAUUAUAGGACUUUGCAAGGAAUCCUGGACAAGUAGGAAUGAUAUGCUACUUAACUCUGAGGAUAUUUUUCUACUUCUGUGUGUCAGCGUGGAGGACCACUUCAGUCUCUUUUCUACAUUCCCACUCUUACCCCACUAUAUCCAAAGACCCCAGGGCUGGAUAGGGGUGUUUCUAGAUUAUGAAUGUGGUAUAAUAAGCUUUAUUAAUGUUGCCAGAAGUUCCCUCAUUUGUAAUUUCCUCUCACGCUCUUUCUCUUUCCCUCUCAGACCUUUCAUUUGGUGUGGACCCAAAUGAUCAGGAACAGCUCCCAAACCUGACCAAGGUCUCGGCAAUUCUAAUAGCUGAGGGGCUUCUAUCCUGGGGACUUCUAGAAUGGGGAAAAUCAAGUAUACUUCACUGUGUUUAACUUCAUUUUACCUUCAGGAGAUAUCAUGGCUGCGUUAUUUUUUAAAGUGGUGAUAAUGUUAACGAUGUACAUUUGUCUUUUCUGUUUUAUUUAAAUAAAAGUAAUCUCUUUUAUUUUAUUGGGUAGGAUACAUGUACUUUUCAUUUGCCAUCUGAAGUUGCUAGAGAUUAAAGAAUACAUGGGUGUGGAAACUCAGCCAAAUGCAUGAACAAAAAGCACAGAGGCUUCUCCUUCCAGAGAGUCCUUGUCAAAACUCAAGGGCAGCGUAGAAUUCUCUUCUCCCUGCACUCAUCUGGCUAAAUCCUAUUCCUCUUUUAAUCCUCAGUUUACCAAACUAGAUUAGGUCACUUAUAAUAUGACCUCAAGAACAGCUUAUUCUUUCUCUUUGUAAAACUCACAAUAGAUUUUGGGUCUUCUUUUCUAGUUUGCAGACUGCAAGAAGCGAAGGCCAACGUUAGUCCUCUUCCCAGCCACAUUCCAGGGAUGAAACACCAGGUUAAGGAUAUGAGAGACAUCAAAAAUAUAUUGGAACAAAUGAAUGAAUGUGUAGGCAAAUUAUUAAAAGCAAAGGCUAUAUAACCAAAAAAAAAGUUACUCUAAUGUAGACACAAUUAGCAGCUCAAGAAGCGAUGAGAAAUAUUAAAUAAAGAUGUGAAUUAAGUUAUUGUUCAGGUACGUGGCUCAGAAAUUCAUUUUAACUGGCAAAAUAUAGACUGUAUAUGAUCUGAUUCCUCAAUGUUGCUAUUAGUAGCUCUCAAUGAUGAACAGAGAUUUUUAGGAACAUACACAUAUUUUAUCAGAGUGGUAGUAGUAUAGAUAAUAAGACCUAGAUGCUUGGAUACUGCAGUACUUUUAAGGAAGAUAUGUAGAGUGAAAAUACCUUGAAUAUACAUUUUCAAGGAUGGACAAUAAACUUUAUUUCUUACAUGCACAAAACAUCCAAGCUGUUAACAGUGAAAUUUCAUUUCAGAGAGUGUCACUGACUUAGAUCUUAGAACUUUGUAAAGUGAUCAGACAUUGAAAUCAAUCUCUUUGGGGAUGUGUUGUCCAACAUAAUGACUCUAGUUAACACUGAUGUAUGAUAGAUAGGAAAGCUGUUAAAAAAGUAGAUUCUAGGAGAGCUUAUCAUAAGGAAAAACAAUUUUUUCUUUUUCUUCUCUUUUAGAAGAAUCAAUCUUUCUCUCCCCACUCCCCUUUCUCCUUCCAUCUCUCCAUCUUUUUUUUUUUACAUCUUUAUUGGAGUAUAUCUCUCCAACUUUUGCUCUCUCUCUUUAAAGAGAAGUU